UCCCAACUGAUAAUAGGUUCGCAGGAUUUCUCUCAAGUUUGAUGUUGCUGCUUCAGUCAGACACACAAUUUGCUCUCUGGUCCAACAUGAGGCUGUAUGUGAUCAUUCCACUGUGUGCUCUGCUCACCAUCACCAAGCAGGAGCAUACGGAGUGUACAUGCGAGCUGAAUAACUCGGAGAGAAUAUUCCCCCAUGAAAAACUCAGAAAAGUUGAAAGCAGUACAUCAGACUGCAAAAGCAACAUCAUCCCACAGAAGUCUGUGGAGCUGAAGAGUCUACUGCAGGGGUUGGAGCAACGUCUUACCCAGCUGAGCAAAGAUGUGCUGAUCCUGGAAAAGGAGGAUGACAGAGGGCUGUAUGGCGUUCUCAGCCUGUAUCUUAUAGAGAAUGAAAUGAAUGAGAUCAAGCAGCUGAUUGACAAGCUCAACAGCACCACCCAGGAGCACCAGAUCCUCGCUGCUAGCGCCACUCACCAGCUGGAGAUCAUGAAAACAGAAAUGAAAGUGCUGGAGAAGUUCGACACCAUGCAGGUCAUAAAGGGACGACAAACCAUCGAGGUUCUGAGGGCAGACCUGGACAGUUGCAAAAAGGAAGUGAAGGCACUCACCCAGCUUCCACAGCUUCCACAGGGUACCUGUCCUCGCAGCCGGCUUGUUAGUGUUACCGGGCCAGUGUUCUACACAGAAGGAGAGUAUCCCGGCUUGUAUUCUUAUGGAUCCUGGGGCUGUGAUCCCAAACCAGAGAAAGGGAAAGAGAACUGGUAUUGGUUGGUGAUGAUGACUUCCAACAACAGAUACUCCAACUACAUUCGUUUUUACUCCAGCCUGAACUCUCUUAUUAGGGGGGUGAGCACCCCAGGAAAUGUCUAUAUCCACACCUCUAACCCAACUACCAACACCAUCCAGGGUCCAAAUAAUGUUCUGUAUGGAGGGGCUUUGUAUUACAACUGUUACAACCGAGAUGCUGUUUGUCGUUUCAAUCUCACCACCAAACACGUUACUACCUUAGAACUACACCAAGGCACUAGAUAUAACUCAAAGGCUAACUUCUGCCACCUUGAGGAAUGCUACCCAUACACUGAUCUGGAUCUUGCAACAGAUGAAUCUGGUGUCUGGGUGGUCUUCACCACCUCCCUGGACUUUGGCAACAUGAUCCUGUCCAAGGUGGAGGAGGGUGAACCACCAGCACUUGGAAAGACCUGGCAAACGUCAGUGUACAAACAGGCAGUGACCAACACCUUCAUGGCCUGCGGCGUUCUCUACGCCACACGUUACGUCAACCAAGAGCUUGAGGAGAUCUUUUACUCAUUCAAUACCGUGACGGGGAAGGAGCGGUUCAACCUAGGCAUCUUCAUCAGCAAGAUUUCUCCCAACAUUCAAGCCCUGAACUACAGCCCUGUGGACCAGACACUACAUGUCUACUCUGACUCCAACAUGGUUUCCUAUAAAGUGAUUUUUGAGUAAAUUCAUAACACCAUGAAUUCAAAUAACUGCUCCAGUAAAAUGAAUAUUUAUGAAGGUCAGAAAAAAGGGCUGAAAAACCUUAAUAUAUGGGGUAGCUUUUAAGGUUAAUUUUCAUAGUAAUGGUCAGUGUUUAAUAAUUUGCUAAUUUGAUUAGUUCAAUAAAAAUUUGUUUUUGUCUUUUACUGACUUAAGACAUUUUUUUAAUGACAUUUUUAACUGACUUUAUAUAAAAGUUAAAAAAUACGAGUCAAUAUUUUUGUGUUUGAGGUGACAAAUACUUUUGUGUUUUGCCCCCUAACAUUCUAAUGAAUUACAUUAAACCAUUUGCUGAAAUGCAAUAUUGCCAAAUUUAUUUAAGCUG